AUGUUCUUCAAAGCAGCCCUCUGCCUGCUCGCCACUGCAACUGCCGUCCUCUCAGCUGCCUCAGACACCAACGAGCUCACAGGCUACGAGUAUGUUGUUGUCGGCUCCGGCGCCGGCGGCGGUCCCCUGGCCGCACGCCUCGCCAUCGCCGGCCACAAGACGCUCCUAAUCGAGGCCGGCGAUGAUCAGGGCCAAAACACAAACUACUCGGUGCCUGCGUACUCUGCGCUGGCCUCCGAGGACGCCGCGCUCUCCUGGAACUUCUUCGUCCACCACUACGCGGACGAGGCGCGCCAGGCGCGCGACUACAAGACGAGCUACGAAACGCCCGACGGCGGCCUGUACACCGGCUUGCACCCGCCUGCCGGCUCCAAGAUGAAGGGCACGCUGUAUCCGCGUACCCAGACCCUCGGCGGCUGCACCGCGCACAAUGCCCUCGUCGCCAUCUACCCGCACCGCUCCGACUUUGACCACAUUGCCUCGCUCACGGGCGACGCCUCGUGGAGCGCUGACAACAUGCGCCGAUACUUUAUCCGCAUGGAAGACAAGAACUACGGCCUGCCGCUCGACGCGCGCCACGGCUACAGCGGCUGGCUCAGCACCGAGUACACCAAGAUCACGCUGGCGCUCCAGGACCCCCAGCUGCUGAGCCUCUACAUCGGCGGCGCCCUGGCCUCGGGCAAGCUUCUCCCGUCCCUCGGCGACCUAGGCUCGCUGCUGCUCGGCGACGCCAACGCGGACACAAAAACGCGCGACAAGACCGACUCGUACUAUUUCGUGCCUCUAUCUUCCAAGAACGGUGCGCGCGUCGGCUCGCGCGACUUUGUCGUUGCCGUGCGGGACGCCAAGGACCAAAACGGCAAGAAAAAGUACCCCCUUGACGUGCGUCUCAACUGCCACGUCACAAAGGUCAUUCUUGACGAGAGCGGCGGCAAGCCUCGCGCGACUGGGGUCGAGUUCCUCGACGGCCAAUAUCUGUACAAGGCCAGCCCUCGGUACGGCACCGCCGGCAAGGGAAAGCCGGGCAAGGUCCUGGCGUCGCGCGAGGUCAUUGUCGCCGGCGGCACGUACAACUCGCCCCAGAUUCUCAAGCUCAGCGGCAUCGGCCCCCGCGCGGAGCUCGAGGCGCUGCAGAUCCCCGUCGUCGUCGACCUGCCCGGCGUGGGCGGCAACCUGCAGGACCACUACGAGAUCAACGUGCAGGGCAAGGCGCCCAAGGACUUUGCCGUGCUCAAGGGCUGCACCUUUGGCCUGCGCGGCCAGCACGACGCCUGCCUGGACCGGUGGGAGAAGCCGUUGCUCGGCGACCGCGGCACGCUCGCGACCAACGGCCUGCCCGUGGCCAUGUUCCACAAGAGCUCCGCCGCCGACGACGGCGAGUACGACAACUUCAUCUUUGGCGGGCCCGUCAACUUUCGCGGCUACUUCCCGGGCUACAGCGUCAACAUCACCGAGGACCACGACUGGUUUACGUGGGCGAUCCUCAAGGCGCACCCGCGCAACCGCGCCGGCACCGUGCGCCUGCGCUCCGCCGACCCGCUCGAUACCCCGGAGAUUACGUACAACUACUUUGACACGGGCGACGGCGACGCCGCCAAGGAUCUGCAGGCGCUGUACGAGGCCGUCGGCGUCGCCCGCCAGGCCAUCAAGAACCAGCUCGUGCCCAUCCGCGAGGUGCUCCCCGGCAAGGACGUGACGAGCCAGGCAGACAUUGAGCAGUACGCCAAGGACACGGCCUGGGGCCACCACGCCUCGUGCACCUGCCCGAUUGGCGCUGAUGGCGACAAGAUGGCGGUGCUGGAUUCGAGCUUUCGUGUGCGUGGUGUAGACGGCCUCCGCGUCGUAGAUGCGUCGGUGUAUCCGCGCAUUCCGGGCACUUUUACGGCGGUUUCGACAUAUAUGGUUGGCGAGAAGGCUGCUGAUGUGAUUCUCAGUCAGAUCAAGACAUGA